UAAAAGGGCUAAACACCAACCAAACCCUUUGCUCCUCCAUGACAAUGUGUCAUGCAUGCUGCUAUGCUAGCUAGAUCAAGAUAGCACAAAUUGCUGCAGAAAUAUUGCAAGUUGCACAGGCUUGCAGUAUCAAUUAAUCCCAGCUAGCUGCUAGCUGAUAUUAUAGAUUUCCACUUAUAUUAGCUCCAUAUAUACAGUUGUUCAUAUCUGGAUCAUCAGGUGGUGUGUGUGUGCAUUAGCCAUCAAUUAGGAGGAGGGAUCAUCAUAUCAUCAGCUAAGCUAAGCUAGAGAGUGCAUGCAUGGGGCAUCACUCCUGCUGCAACCAGCAGAAGGUGAAGAGGGGGCUAUGGUCUCCUGAGGAAGACGAGAAGCUCAUCAGAUACAUCACCACCCAUGGCUAUGGCUGCUGGAGCGAGGUCCCUGAGAAAGCCGGUUUGCAGCGGUGUGGGAAGAGCUGCCGGCUCCGGUGGAUCAACUACCUGAGACCGGACAUCCGGCGAGGCCGGUUCACGGCGGAGGAGGAGAAGCUCAUCAUCAGCCUCCACGCCAUUGUUGGCAACAGGUGGGCCCACAUUGCCAGUCACUUGCCCGGCCGGACCGACAACGAGAUCAAGAACUACUGGAACUCGUGGAUCAAGAAGAAGAUCCGCAAGCCGGCCGCCGGCGGAGGCGCCGCCGCCGCCGUUGCCACCACGACGAGCUCGGCGUCGGCGACGACGAGCCCGAACAACCCACCGACGUCGUGCAGCACGGCGACGUCGGACCACGCCGCGGCGCACCACAACCACCACCAGCAUCUGCAGCCGGCGUUCGGCGGCGCGACGGCGGCGGCGGAUCACCUGCAGCUGGACGCCAUCAUCAACCAGAACCUGAUCGCCCUCCCCCCGAAGCUGGCGAGCUGCGGCGGCGGCGGCGGCCAUGACUCGCCGCCGCCGUCGGGGCUACCGCACCACUGCCCGCUCUUCAUGUUCGACACCACCGCCGCCGUCAGCCCGCCGCCGUCGUCGGCACUAAUCCCGACCCACCACCACCACCACCACCCGUCGUUCAUCGCCAGCUUCACCGCCGCGAUGGCCGACGCGCCGACCUACCUGCCGCCUCUAGUGGACGGCAUGGUGGGCACCAUGGGAGCCGCGGCCAUGGACUGCGUAGGAUCAGACGACGACCACCACCAUCAAACCACCACCACCACUGCCGCCGGCGCCAUGGUCACCACCACCAAUGGCUUCUACAGCCAUAUUCACCAUCACCAGCAGAAGCAGCUGCAGCUGCAGCUGGAGCUGGAGGAGGAGGAGCAGCAGCAGCAGCAGCUAGGGCAUCAUCAGCACGAGCACGAGCACGAUCAGUGGGACGACGACGAAGCACAGCAUCUGCUGAUGUGGGACCAAGACGAGCUAACACCAUCCAACCUGGAGGCCAUGGAAAGUGGUGCUCACUCCCUCCUUUUUAUGGGACCAAAUGACCAUGAUUAAGUUGGUAAUAACCCACACACAAACAAUCUGCAUGUGCAUAUUUGCAUCUCACACAAACACAUCAGCUGAUCCCAUCUAUCUCUGAAUCUCUGAUCGAUCUGAUGAUCUUUUGAUCAAUCUCUCUCUAGCACUCACACUACCCCAUCUGAUCUGUCUAUACACAUGAAAUAAUGAGGUUUUGCAAAGGCGCGUAAUUUAUUGUGUUUUGGAUUUUUUUUUUCCUCCCCCUCUCCAAGAGUUUUUUUCCCCUUCAUUUUUCUGGUUUUUUUAAUUAAUUUUUUAAUUUUUUUGGAUUGGAGUGAAGACUGAAGAGUGUGUGGUUAAUUGGGUUUUUGUAAAGAGAUCGACCACCAUGCAUGCAUGGCAUGGCAGGGCACUUGGAGUGUGUAAUUUGAUUGAUGUAUCUAAGUGAAGUUAUAAUAAACACAGGAGGAUGACAACAAAAUGGAAAGCUAGAACUGUCUCCCCUUCUUUGCA